ACGGACGGCGUGCUUCUCAGGAGGCGUGUCGGUGUGAUUACGCAACGUCUUUAAGCUUCACGGAACACUUUUUUUAAACUAAUUAUCCUUGUGUAUGUUUUUGUACAGUAAUCCUGCUUUUAUCGUCUGUAUAGGCGUUAUUUAAUGUAAACGAGAGUCCAUUUGAACGCCUAUUGAACGGAACGUCCUGCGUUGCGAUGGACAAGCGGCGUCUGUGAGAAACACGCGGCCGACGAGACGAAAGAGAGCAACACUGAGGGUAAAAACACCGUGGAUUACCACAAGGCCUGAAACGCUGUCCCGUGUGUCGCGUACGAAUGUUGCUUCUCGCUGUUGCCGUCGACUUCUUUGGGAUGUUUGCGAUCAUGUCCUUCCAGAGAAUUCGGCCACUGAGGGUUUUGAAGCUCCUUUGGUUGGGUAGUUGGAGUCAGUGGAACGUGACACCACUCUGCACCAAAGCCAAUAAUGUCAAGAAGCCUGUCAGAUAUACAAGUAUAAAGAAAGCAAAACCAAAAACUAUAAUCGAUAUUGCCAAAUUACUGCAGCAAAAGGCCAAGGAGACCAAAGAGAAGAAACAAUCCGUGAUCACUGCCUCUGCAUUGAAAUCUGCUAGUCCAACCGAACCCACUACACCAAAUAAACUCAAGGACCAGAGUAAUGCCGAAGAGAUAAUUUCAAAUGCAAAAGUUCAAAUAUCUACGAGCACCGUUCCAAAAAAAGAUGCUGUGGAGAGUUAUACGGCAGGUCUGCAUAAUAAAGCGCAUGCUGAAAUGUUGAGUACUAAAUAUGCAGCAUCCCAAGCCGUUGAGUCGGCAGAAUCACCCACAAUUAAUGCUGCUUCAGCUCAAGAAGAGAUGACUACAGAUAUCAGUCAAGCUUCUGAGCUGUCUUCAACAAACCCCUCAGAAGUCAUUCCCUCUUCCGAGGAUGUUGCUUCUGCAGGAGAAUCUAGUGAUGGGACAGUUUACAUGCCUGAGGUUUUAAUUUCCAAAGUGACGGCAACCCCUGCCCGCGAAAAAGGUCACCCGCGGGAGUCUUUUGAUCUUUUAGAAGCGGUUGCAGGAAUCGGUGCCUCAGCUUUGGUAAACGUUGCACAAUCACAAGGCUCCUCACAGCCUCAAUCCACUCGAUUUCAAGACUUUCUAGCUCCCGCUGGGGAACCAUCUUCUGGCCAGGAGAUCAUCACUCGGGCACUCGAGUCUUCUACAGAUGGCACAGCUAACUCCAUACUAGCUAUUUCCAGCUCUGAAGCUGUGGCUGUCGCUUCGGGUGGAGAUCCAACCCUUCGAGAAGUUUGUCAUGAAGAAGCCCCUAGCAUCGUCUCUUCACCUCAAUCGACUGAGCGUCUUCCUGUUGUUGAGACCGCGUCGGCUUCUCUAAGUCGAGCUGUAGAUGCUAUGUCAGGCUGUCUGGUGUCUGGUGAUGUUCGAAGAUCUGUCAGCCUACCGGAUCCAAUUCUGGUGCACACUGAGGGUUUAGAGGAAGAGGAUCAGACGGAGGCAGCUGAAGAGUUAACUGAGGCACAACUGGAUCCAGUACAGAAACUCUUUCUCGACAAGAUAAGGGAAUACUCCACAAAGAGCCAAGCCUCUGGUGGCCCUGUAGACGCUGGACCAGAAUAUGAGAAAACUUUUAGUGAAGAGCUAAACAAACUCCAGAGACUUUAUGGGAGUGGAGGCUUAACUGAGUUCCCAGAAUUUAAGUUCUCUGAGCCUGAACUGGAUGAAAGCAGCUCAAAAUGAAAACCACCCAGAAGAAUGGCAUUUGUGAUACCAAUGUACCGGUUUAUAAAUAGCUAAAUUAUUUAGCGCAAACAAAAAAAAGGGACGGCACGAAUAAAUAAAGCGCUUAUAAGUUAA